AUGGGCAAACCUAAAUUCAUACGAGUAUCUAUUCGUAAAGGAGCAACUACAAUUCAACGAACAAACCAAAUAACACCAAAGAAUAAUGAACAAGAGUAUCGAAAGAAAAAAGUCCAAAGAAUAUCGAAUAAUGAUCGAUCUUCUAAAACUUUCUCGUUGAUGAUUGAUACUUUUCAUUCAUCAUCUACAAACAUAUUCAAAACUCAUGAAAAGAAGAAAAUGAAUGACUCGCAUUUGGCUACUUUAGAAGAUAUCUUUCGAUUUCACAAACGUAAAACGAAUAAUAAUGAUAAUAAUCGACGAAGAAGACGUUUGAACGCUUGGUGGAUUUUUGGUAUAUUAUUUGUUAUCAGUCUUCUUUUGAUAGCUAUAGCAGUUGGCACAUUUUUCCUCAUUACUUUAAUUGAAAAAUCCACAACCAGUACAGGUGAUUAUUACUUUAUUAUUAUCGUAAAAUUUCAUAUAAACAAUUGA